AAGUCCCUGAAAAGCUCCAACAGCAUUGGCUAACCUCGCCGAUUCUGAUUGCAGACCCAGUUGGAAGCCCCGAUGAGCGAGUGCCUCCUCUGCCCUCUGUGAAUUCUGUCCGCACAAGGUCAAUGGUGAAGCCCAGAGAGCCCGAGAAAUUCAACAUCCUUGAUGGAGAUCACAAAGUGUUGGUUCUGGACUGUGAGAUCCUGAAAGCAGUUCCAAAUAAGAGGCACACACGCCCAGAGACCUUCUUCAUUUUAACCACAAAUCUGCGCUCAGCAAAAGCUGAUAGAGGGAGCCCGGUUCUCUUGGCAGUCUGCAACGGAGAGUUCUGCCUCUGCUGUGAGAAGGACUGUGGGAAAAGGAAACCAUCCCUUCGUCUGAAGAAGAAGAAGCUCAUGGAGCUGGCUGUCCAGAAGGAGCCAGCACGCCGGCCCUUUAUCUUCUACUGGGCUAAGAGGACCAAAUCUAUCAAAUUUGAAAGUGCCAGUGAAAAGCUAUUAGAUUCCCCUGACCCACUUCCCCAUGUCUCUUAUCUCCCCCACCCUCAAAACACACUGAGACCCUAAAAUUACACAAAGGCCAGCCUGCUGAACAACUGAGCCUUCUGCUCCAUGCUUCUUUUGUCCAUUAAUUGGUAGUUGGUCACUUCUUUGCAUUUAUUUCUUCAUAAUAAAUUCAGCUUGUCUCUGA